CAAUCGAUGAUUGCAUGGGCGGUUUACUCAAAAAUAACGGGUGUUAUUAAAAAAAAGAAAGAAAGAAAGAAGAAAACUAAGCAAGGGAAAUCGGUGUGAAGCUUGAGGGAUGUAGAAGUCGGUGUUCGAGAUGUUUGAACAGUUUUCCUUUUAAAAGUGAAGAAAAAAAAGGCGAAAAAAAGACUGAAGACUUUAUAAACACUCAUCCGUCUUCCUUUCUUCUCCAGUCUGUAAGGUAGCUGUGAGUCAUCAUGGGGAGUUUUAAAGGCCACGCGCUACCUGGCAGCAUGUUACUGAUCAGCGGUGUGUGGUGGGCGGUGAAGUACUCGCUGUGGUACGCCAUCCGCAGGAACAAGAGCGCCGGUGCAGCGAGGCUUACGACGCGAGCCACACAGCACCGCCUCGAAAUCGUCGAAGGGGCCAUGAUGCUCUUCUUCGCUAUCGUCGGGAUGCUAGGAGAACAGUUUACAGUGGACGGUCCGAAGCUCCACCUGUACGACUCGUCCACUCAGCACUGGGAAAAGCUGAUGAACUGGCAGCACACGACCAUAUACCUGUUCUUCGGCCUGGCCGGAGCAACGUCCCUCACCGUCCACAGCACCAGCGCAGCACCUCUGGCCUUAGAUCGCUUACUGCUGGGGCUGGCUUUCUUCAACGAAGAGCCGUCCGCGCGGCUCCAGAUCUUUAUAGGUUUCCAGGCACGCGGUGGCGUAGCGGUUAGCGCGUUCGCCUCAUGCCGUCAGGGUCGGGGGUUCGAUUUACGCUGCUGUCCUGUGCGUGCGGAGUUUGCAUGUUCUCCCCGUGCUGCGGGGGUUUCCUCCGGGUACUCCGGUUUCCUCCCCCAGUCCAAACACAUGCACGGAUUCAUAUUCCUUUAUCACCUGCACGGCAGAGAGAUGCUGGACGUCCACGUCCACAUGCUCCUGCUGUACGCCGUGUUCGGAGGAGCUCUCGUCUGCCUGCUGGAGGUCUUCCACAGAGGAAACGUGCUGCUGGAGCUGUUACGCGCCGCACUCAGUCUGCUGCAGGGCAGCUGGUUCUGGCAGAUUGCCUUUGUGCUGUACCCACCCAGUGAGGUGAAGUGGGAUCAGUCUGAUCACAACAACGCAAUGUUCAUCACCAUGUGUUACAGCUGGCACCUGGCCUUCGCUCUCGCCAUCGUGGCUGUAGCACACACCACUGUCAUAUGCAUAGUACGUUCCAAACUCAGCAGGAUUCCGCCGAUGGAGAUGGGUCUGCUGAAACCGCAGGAAAGAGAAGGAGACUCUGAAGACGAGGGUUUAUAAGUAUUUAUCGCCCCGUGGCGGGUUUUCUCAGUUUAGAAACGCACGAGAGCCACCUGAAAAGGCCAGCACGUAUCCAAAUAAACCAGUACCAGGGACAGCGUUGACUUCCUGUAGGCUCGGUCCACUACGCCGAGUGUCCACGAUGACGGUUCACCUUCAGCCGCCCUUAUGUUCCGUCUAGUCGUCUCUCUCUGAAAAGGAAAACUCUAGUUUUUAAUCAUAAUCUCUAUCCACUGGAUCUGUAGUGUAUCUGUGUUAGAGGAAUUUCAUCUCCACUCAAAAAAGAAACCUGUUUACUGAAAACUCACGUAUAAUGGAAAGUCUAAGGGCAGAUGUUGAUCUCAAUUCAUUUUUUUUUUUUUUAUAACUACAUGGCAAAAAAUGUUGACAUCGUCAUUACUCCGGAACGAUAGACGUGUGAGGAUGAACGAAACGAAACGAGAAACGACUCGUUAGUGAUUCCAGACUUUACUUCCUGUACCAACCUACGUAGGUUUGUAACAAAAAUCCCCGCCUCUGGUCUUCAUCGGCUGCUCGCCGACGGCGCUAGACCGAUCACAAUCACGACAGACUGGGACGUCUGACCAAUCAGAGCAGAGUAUGCUCUCUGAAAGGAGGAGUUUAGAACGAAUCAUUUAGAACGAAUCAUUUAGAACGAAUCAUUUAGAACGAAUCAUUUAACGAGUCGUUUCCGACACCCAGGGGGGAAAAAGUAACGCUGCGGUUUAAAUGCCGAGCACGUUAAAGUGUUUUUUGACCUCGGAUGCGUGUAAAUCUAUCGUAUGAGACCUUUACAACAACAUUAGGAACGUUUCAAAUCCAUAAUAUGUGCGCUUUAAGAAUGAGCGGUAAUCACGCGUACACUACAGAUAACAACGCCGACCGAGUUUAUGGUUUUUACGAAACGCUGUAGUGAUCCUUGGAAGGACAGAGACGACUGGAUCCGCAACGGUGGUGCAAUCGUUCCUUGCCUUUGUUAGAAAUGACCAAAGAACCUAUCCUGUUUUAUCUAAAGACGCUGUUACAAUGGUGUAUGGCGAGGUACAUAUUUAUACUGUAUGUGCAUUCGUGGUUAAUACAGCAUACAAACCGAGGUAAUAAUAAUAGCCUUUUUCAAGAUUCAAAGAAGGAGGUCGUUAGAUUUAGAACAUUUACUGAUAAAAACAGCACACACACACACACACACACACACACACACACGGUAAUAAGACUCAGAAAUAGCUGUAAUAGUAGUUGAAAUGUUAGAUAUCAUUUCAGUAGGAAUAAUAACAUUACGUUGAAAUUUUUCUGAGCAGAAAUCACGUGCAAUCUGGGAAGAGCCUUGAAUUACAGUGCGUGGAGUAUUUAUUGAUACAGUAUGAACACACAUACGCAGUGUACUUUGUAAAGAUUCCGACACUGUUUCAGUCAGGAUUCGAAACAGCUUUGUAUUAUUUAACAGGGAUAUUUCAUAUACAUAUAUAUAUAUAUAUAUAAAAUGGAUACACUUUCACGAAAGGAUGUGUGUAAUUUUCCCUCUCUCUCUUUUUUAACCAUGUUAAGUUAGUUAACUUUUGUUGUUUUUGCUAUACACUGGUAGCUUUGUGCCGGCUGUGUUUAUGAGAACGCGUCGUGUAAAAACGUCGCCGUAAAUCUUCGCUCUAAAAAUAAAAACACUUCAAAAAAACAAACAAAACAAAAACGAUUCUGUCGUGUCUGAUAUUAAGUGCAGUGCCUCCAGCCGAACGCUACAGAGCGUGUCGAGAUUUCUGAGGGAAAACUUUUAAAAAGAAUCGACGACGUUGCCCUGUCGACGACGGCGGUCGUGUCGACUGAGCACUUCGUUAGGAACCGAUGUGUAUCUGCUUGCUUGUGCGUUCGAUCCGAUCAGCCGAUCAUGCGGCGGCCGCAUGACGCGUACAAAUCAUACAGAUACAGGUCAAGAGCAUCUGCUGAUGUUCACGUCAGACAUCUCGGUGACUUCGACCGCGGAGCGGUUCUCGGUGUCAGGUUCGAUUAUAUCCGAAACUGUCGAUCUGCUGGGAUUUCCACAUAGAACGGAGUCUAGAGUUUACACCGAAUGGUGCAGAAAACAAAAAAAACAUGCGGCGUUCUGAGGGCAGAACAUGGGAGAACGGACAGAGAGGUCGGUGCUGAUAACUUUCACUGACUUUCUCAUACAGCAACUCAAGGAAGGACCGCUCUUCACAACCGUGGUGAGCAGAAAAGCAUGUCAAACCGUACGGAGGAUGAGCUACGACUGCCGAGAACCCCUUCGAGAACGGGGAUCUGAGGCUGCAGCGAAACCGGGGUGUGCAAGGUUGAAAAAAUGUCACCUGCUCUUUUUCCAAUCAUCACCUAUCCACUGUAGCCUUAUAUUCUUGAUUAGAAGAUUGGAUUAUUGCGUCAAUGUUCCUAAUAAAGUGGCCAGUUAGUGUGGUUAGAUUCUGUUCCAGCUGGUUUCUGAUUAAAGGAUCUAUCUCUAGUAAUCCACAUUACGGCUCCACGGCCUAGGGUUUGAUCCUGAGCUCAGGCUACUGUCUGUGCAGACCUGUUCUUGUGUGGGUUUCCUCCACUGUCCAAAAAGGUACGUACGGGUACGUGGACGGGCUAUGGUAAAUUACCCACUUGUGUGAAUGAGUAUGUGAAUGUGUAUGUCCGUGUAUCUUCACGGUGAACUGGCAUCCCAUCCGGGGUGACUUUCUUUGGCUCUGAGGAUCUGGUAACCAAGAACAAGGACAGGACUAAAUAAACAACAACAUGGGAUUUUUAUGAUCCGUCUUAUUUUGUUAACAGUAUUAAGAGUAAGCAGAAUCUGCAAGGGGUGUGCAAACUUUUGGGCACAGCUGUAUAUAUCUUCUAUAUAUAUAUCUUCUAUAUAUAUAUAUAUGCAGUUUUGUUUCUGAAAAUUGAUUCUUGCACCUUGCUGUUAAACUGAACAUGUGCCAUUUCUCGUGUGAUCUGAGAAUUUGUUACACAUGAGAACACAAAAAACCACCAGAUGUUCAUUCCGUGUAAUACCGCCAUCUAGUGGUGACGUUUAGCAUCACACUCAGUAAACCCCUCAAUAUGUGUUGUUAGAGGUGUGUUAUUAGAUUUAAAAAUGACUUUAAAGCCUCCUCGUGAUUAUAACAGCAUAAUAAAUUAUAGUUUUAAAAAUUUAAA